AUGGACCCUUCUAUGUUUGUUUUCGAGCUUCUGCAAGUUGCAGUAGAUGGCUGGAAGAGGGUAUUCCCUGACAUUUUUGAGGCCAGGGAUAAGGGAAUUUUUGAUAUCUUGAAGCCUGUAGUUAGCUUGGAGGAUGAGAAAACAUCGCCUAGGUGGAAGACGGCGCCGGUGCCUCAUUGUCACCAUGAUUCCACUACUAUUUCAUGGUUAUGA